CAGUAUUCAUGUUGAAAUCAUUCAUAAAGGUAGUGGAAAAAAUUUAGAAAAUGAAUUAUAUAUGGAUAUUACUGUUAUUUGUAUAUCCGGCAACUAGCGAUGAGGUUUACCAAAAUUCUUCCCACAUUUGUGAUCAGUGUUUAUGUGAAGAUGAAGACGAAUUUAUAAUUGAUUGCAGUAGACAACAGUUUGAGCAUGUUUUGGCAAACUGGCCACCACACAAUAAAACAUUAGUGGCUACUUUCAGUUAUAAUAACAUUUCAACCUUGGAGAAGCUUCCUAUCUCAACGCAAAAAGCUAAACUUGUAUUCGAUCACUGUAACAUCAAGUAUUUGGAUAGUGGAUUAUUUUCUAAUAUCAGGAAUGUUGAGUAUAUCGAUCUGAGUUACAAUUUAUUGACAACCGAAGAAAUAGGAGGUGAUGACUUCAGAGGACCUUAUAGUGACAAGAGAUACCGACCUAUAGCGGUAAAAUAUUUAAAUUUGGCUUACAAUCAAAUUCACAGUUUACCUGUGAAGUUUUUUGAAAAUAUGCCUGACUUAGAAGAACUCAAUCUACAAGGAAACGAUUUUAAAGUUCUUGAUCCAACUACUCAAGUUGCUUUAGGAUCACUUACAAAAAUAAAGGUGUUAAAUCUAGCGGAUAAUGAGUUAACAGAAAUAGAAGGAUCUCUUUUAAGAAACUUACCCACUUUAUAUUCUUUGGAUUUAUCAUCUAAUCAUCUCGACUUUGUACCACUUACGUUGAGUUAUAUAAGUAACAAUCUUAAGGUGCUUAAAAUUAGUGACAACUAUAUAUUUAAACUUACUGACCAAAGCUUCUUAGGUCUUGAUCUGAUUGAACUGCACUUAAAUAAUUUACCUAGAUUGAAUUAUGUAGAAGCAAAUACAUUUGCAACUUUGAAACAUUUAAAGAAGCUAUAUUUAAGGGAUAACGAAAACUUAAAUUACAUUGACAAAGAAGCUUUUGGAGAUAAUCAAAUUAUAGAUGAAUUGGAUCUAAGUAACAAUUCUCUAGUGAAUUUGGAUUUUAAUUUAAUUAACUGGUCGAAACUGAAGAUUUUGAAAAUUAAUUUCAACCCAUUAAGAUGUACUUGUGAUUUAUAUAAUAUUUCCCAAUCGUUGCCAAAAUAUAUAACCCGUAAAUUAGACAGUCCGAUGUGUACAGAUAUGGAAAAUGAAGAUAGUACACCAGUAUUUUUUUUGAAGUCAACAAUAUGUUCACAGGACCAUCCACUUCAUAUAUCGAAUGCUAUUCAACAUUUUAAUAAAAUUCGAAUCGCAAUGAUAGUAUUAAGUUCCUUAUUAUUAUCAGGAACAAUAGUUACUGUUAUUUUGCUUCUUUUGAGAUAUAGAAAAACGGUUGCAUUUAGAAAUUACCCAUUUGCAACUCAGGUCAGUUAUUAUCCCAUCCAAACCCAACAUAUUUAAAGAUUUCAUAUCAUCUGCUUGAGAUGAGUUCAAGAACUAUAAAGGUGCACACUGAGUUUACAAGAGCAUCUGAAGGAAUGGACAAGAGCGCUGUACUAAUAGAAAUUAUUCUUCCUAAAAAGUCCGUUUUCAAAUUUAAAUAUAGCAAUAUGUUCAAUUAUGUAAAAAUAUAAGUUUUAAGUUUAUUUUAUAUGCUAAAACACACAUAGUUUUAUCCUGAUUCCUUGUGCAUCUUUCAUUUUUUCAAAUUGUGUAUAUAUAGUACAGUAGUUUUUCUAAUUAAUUAUUUUUCUUAUUUCCAAACUAGUUAUUAACAAUUGAAUAAUAUAUUCUUCUGACAAGCUCAAAAACUGUCGUUUGACGCGAUAUUUCCAGAAUUUGCCGUUAUUUUUAUAAAUAAUGGGGUAGCUCGCUAUCUUGAGUAUCAAGAAAGCAGGCCACCCCCUAGAAAAGGGCUCUCCUGUUCACAAUAACUGAAAUUAACCACAUAGAAAAUUGCCUCUUGGUUUACCGCGCAAGAAAAUAUCAUUGCUGACAAUUUCUACGGAUGAAGCCUGUCUGAUUUAAUGGUACGAAAUGGCUUUUCCCCAUUUUAGCCCAGAUGCCAACGAACCCUGAGGUCGGCUGAUAUUUUCUUGUACGGCAAACCAAGUGACAAUUAUCUAUGAUUUUAGUUUGAUUGUCCUUACAAAGGAAAGCAAUAUUGCAGGGAUCGGCCAGUUAACUUAACUAUCAAUGUAGCAAUCUUCUCUCUGGAAUAUCAGUCCCCUCUAAACAAUAAUUGUAACAAAGCACAUAUAUAAUUGCCGCUGGGUUUGCCGUUCAAGAAAAAUCGUUGCCGAUCUCAGGGCUCGUUUGCAUUUGGGCUAAAACGGGAAAAACAUUUCUACGUAUGAAGUCCGGAAUUAUUUUAUGGUAAGAAAUUGAUUUUCCCGUUUCAGCCCUGAGAUCGGCAAUGAUAUUUUCGUGAACGGCAAAUCAAGCGGCAAUUUGCCUCAGUGGUCGUUGGCAUCCUGAGCAAAACGGGAAAAAACCAUUUUUACGUAUGAUUCCGGAAUGAUUUAAUGAUAUGAAAUGAUUUCUCCGCGCUUUCCUUUGCACCGAUAUUCAAACUGAAAUCAAAGAUGAUACGAGCCUCGAUGUCAGGGCACGCAACUAAGUAGAGAAAAACGGGCAUGUUUAUCAACUUGGUGGGCUACCUCUUACAGAGCUGCUUUUCUUCGCGAGGCCGUGCGUUUUCAAUAUUUGAAUGAUUCCCACUGUUCUUGCCGAUUACGGGACCUUCUACUGGGCGGGAUCUAUUCCGCGACAGGUAAGUGUUCAAAUAACAAACACCAAAAGCCCUCAACUUUGUUGAUCGAGUUAUCUAUGAUCUUUUCCGAGCGACCAGUAAAUAUCAAAUGAUAAAUUGCAUCUUACGAUAGGUAAGAGAUGAAAAUAAAAAACCUAAGGACGUGAAUUUUCGGAAACAGCCGUUUUAAUGCUAUCCCCGAUCAACUAUUCGUAAAUAAUCUAAAAAUAAUUUUUCACUAAGUGAAUAAUUGCCAUUUCGCCAAUCGCUUUUUGUCGUUAAUUAUUUAAAAAAAAUGAGGCGACCCGUUAACUUGAGUAUCAACAUAGCCGGCCACCCCACUGCUUCCCUUUUUACAAUAGCUAAAACUAAUUGCAUAGAUAAUUACCUAGAUGAUAAACUGAACCUUACAAGUGCUGUUUAGUGGGUAUUACGUUAUGAAGCAGAUUAAAUCACUUCACACAGUAUACUGACAUUUUACAAGCCAGUCCGUGAUAUUUUUGUAAAUUGCAAGAAGAGCAGCAAUUUUGAAUAUUUCAAUUGUUGGGAUUAUGGUGUAUUUAUGAAAAAAAGUAAA